GCUUUCUUUGUAUUAUGCAUCAUUUAUUUAGUGCAACUGUGGUUGGCUUCAGCGUUUAUGCUAAUAUUUUUUGUUUCAGAGCAAUGCAUUUAUCUUACCGAUAGGAGCUUGUUUUAGCUGGUGUGUUUGUUUCGUCAAGCGUAUGAGGAAUAAGUAGGGGCAGUGAUUGACCUCCUGUACCCCAAUAGAAAUGCCAUCGCGGUGAUAAUGUAACCCAGAUAAUGUUCCUGUGGCAUUUAUUUACUGCCUGAUGAGAUGCUAGAAACAUGUGGCCAUUCUUAACGCUGAACAAAAAUGACUGAAUAGAAUAGAUGUUAUUAAAAUUGAAGACCAACUGCAUAUUGCCUUUAGACCACCACUGUCCACAUAAUAGUAAAAUUCAUUAUAAGAAUGCCUGGGGAAGUCCCCAGUUUCACAAAUCAGGAUGAAGGUUUGGUGGGAUCAGUUUCAGAGAAUGAUGCUGAUGCUCCUGGUCCAUCAUCCAGCUAUGUCCAGCACUCUCUUCCUCCUGGUGACAUUGGACUCAGGAAAGCAAACCCUCUUCUUCAGAUUGAUCGUCAACAGAUUCAAGCAGUGCAGUCUGAGCAGCAGGCUUUGGAACUGCAAGGAUUGGGAUUGGCAGUCUAUGACCAGGAAGUGCUUGAACAAGGUGUCCUACAACAGGUGGAUAAUGCGAUCAAUGAGGCUAGUCGGGCUUCACGUCUUGCAGAGACUGAGCAAGAACUCCAACAACUUGUUGAUGAACUUCGCUCUUGUGUUACCUCCCUUCGGCAAAUUAACAAGAUCGUUGAACAGCUUACACCACAAGCAGCUAACAGCAAGGAGAUUGGACGGAAACUGGACUCUGUUAAACGGCAAAAACAUAAUAAGGAACAACAGCUGAAGAAAAUCAAAGCAAAACAGAAACGUCUAAAAGCAGUUCUUGGUGGGAACCAGGAAGAACCUGACAUCGAAGAAGAGUUACAGGCAUAUCAGGAAGAGGAUGCCCUGCCUAGCUCUCUUGGAAGCAUGUUGAUGCCAUCCCAAGACCAAGAAUGGGAAGAUUUAAUCCGUACUGGUCAGAUGACCCCUUUUGGCACUAAAAUCCCCCCAAAGGAAGAACGUCGUCCAAGGAAACUUAUGCUUAAUGAGUCUUCAGAUUUUGAAAAGUAUCUUGCUGAUCAGGCACAGAUGGCUGUUCAGAGAAAACGUUCACAGACCCCAAAAAAAGAGAAAAAAAAACCUUUACUUGUUAAGGGUCCAUCAUCGUUGCCUUCAGUGAAGAAGACUGAUACCUCAUCUACAGGAAAAAAAUUGCAGAAGAAGAUGAGAAAGCUGCAGAGUAAAGCACUCCAGACACAAUUUAGAGUUGGUGUUCCUACAAAACCCAACCCUGUGCCUAAAAAUGAAACUGAAAAAGGGGAUGAAAGUGAGGGCUCUGUUUAUACACCAGAGGAAAAAGAAGAGAGCAUGGAGGAAGAUAAGGAAGAGUGGGUGCAUGACAGCCCAGGAUCUGAAUAUGAACUAAAGCCUUUGAUUCAGAAAACAAAUGGAAAAAGACCUAGGAACAAGGGCAUUGACCCAGAAUUUUUGCCUAGUUCUGAUGAGGAUGAAGAUCAUCCCCCUAAUUCAGGGAAAAAGCAAAGAUGCAGAGAUGAUGGGAAUGCCCAAUUUUACAAACAAAGACUUAGGUGUUGGCAUAAACAACAUGAAAAGGAGAAGGAAGAACACACUGCAGCUGAGGAGUCCGAGGACAGUGAUGUGGAGUUUGAUGAAGGUUUCUGCGUACCUGGCUCACUUUGGAAGAAGCUGUACAAAUACCAGCAAACAGGUGUUCGAUGGCUGUGGGAAUUGCAUUGCCAGCAGGCAGGCGGUAUUCUGGGAGAUGAGAUGGGAUUGGGUAAAACCAUCCAGAUAAUUGCGUUCCUGGCAGGCCUAAGCUACAGCCGGAUAAGGACAAGAGGCUCUGAUUACAGGUAUGAAGGGCUUGGUCCUAGUAUUAUUGUGUGCCCAGCCACUGUCAUGCAUCAGUGGGUCAAAGAGUUCCACACGUGGUGGCCCCAGUUCCGUGUUGUAGUUCUCCAUGAGACUGGAAGUUAUGCUGGAAAAAAGGUAAAACUGAUUGGCGAGCUUGGAAAUGGGCGUGGUAUAAUCAUUACCUCUUAUUCCUAUGUACGCCUUAUGCAGGAGGAACUGCAAAAGUACCACUGGCAUUAUAUUAUUCUGGAUGAAGGACACAAGAUCCGUAAUCCUAAUGCAGGUGUAACAGUUGCCUGUAAACAGUUUCGCACACCUCAUCGCAUCAUUCUGUCAGGGUCGCCUAUGCAGAACAAUCUGCAGGAGCUUUGGUCUCUAUUUGAUUUCGUGUUUCCUGGGAAACUUGGCACAUUGCCUGUCUUCAUGGAACAGUUCUCUGUUCCAAUUACAAUGGGAGGAUACUCCAAUGCGUCACCAGUACAGGUGAAAACAGCAUACAAAUGCGCAUGCGUGCUGCGUGACACAAUAAACCCUUAUCUUCUACGUCGAAUGAAGGCUGAUGUUAAGAUGAUCCUUGCACUUCCAGAAAAGAAUGAACAGGUUCUGUUUUGCCGCCUAACAGAUGAGCAAAGGCAAGUUUACCAGACUUUCAUUGAUUCUAAGGAGGUUUAUGGAAUUCUGAAUGGAGAUAUGCAGGUGUUCCCAGGACUCAUUGCACUAAGGAAAAUCUGUAAUCACCCAGACCUGUUUUCUGGAGGCCCCAAGAUUCUAAAAGGCACUCGGGAUGAGGAUUUGGAGGAGGAGGAGCAGUUUGGGUUUUGGAAACGCUCAGGAAAAAUGAUUGUGGUGGAGGCACUUCUGAAAAUUUGGCAUCGACAAGGGCACAGAGUUCUGCUUUUCACACAGUCCCGUCAGAUGAUUCAGAUAAUGGAAGUGUUUGUGAGAACCAGGGGUUAUUCUUACGUCAAGAUGGAUGGCACUACAACCAUUGCAGCCAGACAACCACUAAUUACAAAGUAUAAUGAGGAUCCCUCGCUCUUUGUCUUCCUUCUCACUACCAGAGUGGGGGGGCUGGGUGUGAAUUUGACCGGAGCCAACAGAGUGAUUAUCUACGACCCCGAUUGGAAUCCUAGUACCGAUACUCAGGCUCGGGAGAGAGCUUGGCGAAUUGGACAGAAGAAGCAGGUCACUGUUUACAGACUACUUACUGCUGGUACCAUCGAAGAAAAAAUCUACCACAGGCAAAUAUUUAAACAGUUUCUGACUAACCGUGUGUUGAAAGACCCAAAACAGAGGCGUUUUUUCAAAUCUAAUGACCUGUAUGAGCUCUUCACUUUAACUAGUCCAGACACCAGCCAAGGAACCGAGACUAGUGCCAUUUUUGCAGGUACUGGUUCUGAUGUUCAAGUUGUAAAACGCACUGCAAAUCAUCUUGUAACACAUUCUCAGGCUGCUUCCCAUAAAGAACUGUCUGAUUCCAUAACAAUUCCCCCUUCUUUACCCAAGGAACCAUUAAACCCUUGCAACAAUGUCCUUCAUCAGUCCAAAGAAAAUCCUAUGCUUGAUGGUUCAGAAGGAAAGUCUACCUCCAGCACAUCCAUAAAAGUUGACUCAGGGGAACACUGUAAACAAGUAGCUCUGACUGAGGUGCCUGAAAACGGCCAUCGCAAACACAAAGCAAAAACGAAACACCAAAACAAAGAAGGCAAAAGAGUUAAGAGGAAAAAAGAUGCCAAGUAUGAAGGUAAAAGAAUUUCCCAUUUAGUGAAACAAAAGGCAUUCCUUAAAGAGGAAGAUGAUCAGCAUGAGGAUCGAAGAAAAAGCGAUGACUAUGUCCUGGAAAAGCUCUUCAAAAAAUCAGGUGUGCACAGCGCUAUGAAACACGAUGUUAUUAUGGAUGCUGUAAAUCCGGAUUUUGUGCUAGUGGAAGAGGAAGCAAGCCGUGUAGCUCAUGAGGCCUUGCGAGCAUUAAAAGUCUCUCGCCAGCGUUGUUAUGCUGCUUCUUCUGGAGUCCCAACAUGGACCGGAACUAACAAAGCGCCACCUACAGGAACCAAGCGCAGAUUUGGCCAGAAAAAAAACCCUUUGCUACAUCCUGCUGAUGCCCCAGGCAAACUUUCCCAAGACAAAUGCAAGGACUCUAAUAUUGCAAAGCAGGAGGAUCAAUCUAGCUCUGGUGCCCCCUCACACUUUAGUGGAGAUAAUCAGAGUGCUGGCUCUGCCCUUUCUUCAUCAUCACUUCUGGCACGGAUGAAGGCAAGAAAUAAUUUGCUUUUACCACACCGUGAUGAAAAUGAAACAAGUUCAGGAGUGUCCUCGGUAGAUCCUACUGAGCAUGACGAGUUGCUGGCAGACAUGAGGAACUUCAUUGCUUUUCAGGCACGGACAGAUGGUGAAGCCAGCACCCAGGAACUGCUGCAGGAGUUUGAGAAUAAAUUAUCUCCGAAACAAUCGUGUGUCUUCCGCGAACUUUUAAGAAAACUUUGCACAUUCCAUAGGGGUAUUGAUGGUACUGGUGUAUGGCGACUAAAACCUGAAUUUCACUGAAUGGUCUUCUUUUGGCAAGGCCAAAAAAGAAGUUCUGCAAUUUCUGGUAAAAUAAUAUUAACCCACGGUCAAUUUAAAGCCAAAAUACCAGUGUCUUUUAACUUCGAAACCUGCCAUAUCUGUGAAGCUUUUUUUAUACUAUGUACUACAUAUUGUUUUAGAUGUCUUCAUUAACAGCAACCAACGCCAUGUAUAUUUAUUUGUUUUCUCCUUAGGCUGGGACCAGAAAACAAACACAUUACAUUAUAUUUGUUGAGAAGAAUCUGUAACAGACAAUUUUCCCCGGAAAUUCCGGAUUAAAUACCUCACAUUGUAAUGCUAUGUUGAGAAGAAUUAUUUAUUACAUAUCUGAAUUUUUUGAUGAAUGACUACAUGUUUAAAAAAAAAAAACAGUUUAUAUCAUAGUGUAUAUAGAAUAUGAUGGAAUUUCAUUUUUAAUUAGAUUAUUCAUACCAAUAAUUCAUAUAAGUAUACUUGAAAUCUUCCUAGUCAUUCAAACAUUUGCAUAACCCAGACAGCUAAACUACACACAUACACAGAAUAAGAUAAGCUUUUCUCAGUAACAUAUACGGUUGUAAACACACAAAGGAAUGGAUAUUUAAAAAGGAAAAAGGACUGAACUCACAGGAGCUUACUCAGACAAAAAGUUUAUUUACAGUUCCAAUGUUUUGAGCCAAACUCUGCUCUUCCUCAGAGACAGACCAACACCCUUGUUUGAGCAAGCUUGUGUGAGUGCUGUACUUUUUCCUUAUCUAUAAAUCAUACAUUGCCGUUUGACAGACUGACAGUGAGGACCUUGCAAACAAAAUACAGUGACCACAUGUUAUGUGUAACAAACGCUGCUAACAGUAAGAUAACGUAACAAUGUCAUACUUCCAGGUAAAAGUGUUCAGGAUAAAUGUCUUUUUAAAUCUUUACUAAACUGUGUUUUUUUACUAAGUUUUUUAAAAAUCAGCUCAUAUGCUGAUGGUUACAAAAAUAAUUUGUUUAAAUUUCAUGGCUAUCAUGGUCGCUGAAAAUAAAACAUUUUAUGAUUUUAUGUCACGAAUACCUGUUAAAGUGA